AUGGCUCCAAACUCAUUAAUAUCCGGGAGUCUUCAGCAAGGACUUGACUCUUCACAGGAUAAUUCUUCAAAUUAUUUUUCACAGAGUUGGUUAAAAUGGACAUCGAUAGUAUCUCAUCAAAAACCUCAAAUACCAAAACCUCCUGCAGAUACAUUGAAACUUCAGCGUUAUAUAGUUAAUAAUCACGGUUGGUGGCCAAUAUUUGGUGGUGAACCUGGAUUAAAACGAAAAUAUGACGCUUCAACGACAUCGUUUAUGUUAUCUCCAAAACAAACUCCCCUAAACCUAGUACCCUUGGAAUUCUCAAAACGACGAAAGAUUCAUAACUGUUCUCAUUUUUCGUCACAAUUUUCAUGCAAAAAUUAUCUCGCAGUUGAAUGGAAUCCAGAAGAAAACGGAUUCCGUACUGCAUUCCCACCAAGAACAACGACUUCCGCUUUACCACAAGAAAAUUUUGCUGCUGUUACAAGUAGAGUAUUAUUAGUUCGAAGGUUAAAAGCAAAACAAGGGAAUAUUUUUAAAGGAGAUGCUGCUUCAAGAUUUCGAAAAAAUGUUUUAUUAAAAGUAGCACAAGGUGGAUUUACUGUUAAUGACAUAAAUUCCGUAAUUGAAAGUCCGACUAAUGAAUCUGAUGUUAUAAUCAAGCGACCCUGGAAAGACGGGACAACAGAACCAGGGAAAGGAGCAUUUGAAGAAUUAAAGAGUUUACGGCAUAAACAUUCCAGUGAAUCAAGUUUACCAUCCUGUUUAUCCUAUUCGACAUCUGCUUCUCAAGAGCUUUUAAACCAAGCUCGUAAAUACUAUCUUAUUCACAAAGGUUCAAGUCCUUCAAGUCCCAGAGUCAGGCGUGAACCUGAUCCUCUGUCAAAUGUUUGA